AUGAGUCUGUCGGAAGAAAAUGAGAAUCAUCCAACAUUUUCCAUUGUGAGGUUUUUGGUCUGCACCAUACUAAGUUUGUCGUUUGCCGUCGGGUUUCCCGGAAACGUCUUUGUGAUCUGGACCAUUUGUGGACGAAUGAAGCAACGGUCUCUGUCCGUCAUGCUGAUCCUUAAUCUAGCCAUUGCUGACAUCCUGGUUCUUGUGACCUUGCCCAUCUGGAUUUAUUCUUUUGCCAAUGACUGGCUCUUUGAGACUGCCACUUGCAAGGGCCUCGUCUUUGUUGUUUACUGCAGCAUGUAUGCCAGCAUAUUCCUGAUCACGGCCCUGGGCUUGGAAAGGUUCAUGGCAGUCUUUCACCCCUUUUCUGUUCAACGGAGGACCAACAAGAUGUCCACCCACUUAGUGAUGUUUCUCAUCUGGCUUGUCUCCAUUGCUUUUGGAGCGGUCAUCCUUCCCUUUCAAGAAACAGUGGAGACAGACUUUGGCCUACAGUGUGCCUCCCGCAGCUACAAUUCGAACUCUCAGAAGGUGGCCUGUCUCUUGCUAGAGACUCUGGUGGGCUUUCUGGUUCCGUUUGCCAUCAUUUCCAUCUGCUAUGUGUGCAUCGCCAAACGAAUCAGCGGCAUGAGGGGCUCAUCCAGGCAACGAUCAAACCGGCUGGUCGCUUCCAUCGUGGUGUCCUUUGCUCUCUGCUUGCUCCCCCAUCAUGUUGUUAACUUAAUGACUGUUGCUUCAGCUGUGAUGGAAGAUUCAGACAUGGAGGCAUCCGAAGCUCUGGAGGAGACUGCAAACCAGGGAACCUUCAUUGCAGGUUCGAUAAUGUUCAUUAACAGCUGCAUCAACCCCCUGCUCUAUGCUUUUGCGGCCAGGAACAUCCAAAGCAGCAUGAGAUUGACCAAGCUGUCCAAACUGUUUGAACAAAUGAGUCCAGAAACGAAGCAGGAAGGGACAAAAGAACACUCUGCCGUAAAUGGAAAAGAGGAGACUUUGACGAGCACAGAGAUGAUCUAA